AUGGGAGGAGUCUCGUUGAAGAAGGAAGAAGAGACACUCUAUGCCAAUCGAGGCAGGUGGAAUUCCAAACAGCAUACCACUGGUAUAUCCAAGAAGAAUAAUGAUAUGACAAGAAGUCAUCAAGACGGAGAGAGUGUUCGUGCAAGAGGAGCUUCGCAGAAUCAAGAUGACGGUAAGAAGUUUCCAGGGAAGUGUUACAAUUGCGGAAAAAAAGGUCAUAUGAAAAAAGAUUGUUGGUCAAAGAAAAAGAUUGUUGAGAGCAAUGCUGUUACAUCAAAUAGUGAAGAAGAGUGGGAUGUAGAUGUAUUCUUUGCUGUAAAAGAAGAAGAAUUGGCUCUCGUUACAAUGACAAAGAUAAUUUAUUAUGAGAAGGAUUGA